AUGGAACCAAGAUCGAGAGAAACUACUCCUACAAAAGAGGAUUUGGAUUUUAUAGUUGAUGAUGGUUAUAAACAUGAUGAGGAUCCAGAUUAUAUUCCAAAAGAAAAAUAUGUUGUUACUGGAUCUGAGUUUAAGAGAUUAACCAGAAAUGCUAAAAAACUUGGUGCAGAAUCACUUGAUUAUUCAACCCGAAAAAAUAACAAAUACAUGGCAACACUUCCAGGUGGAAAGAAAGUUCACUUUGGAUCACCAAAAUACCCAGACUACACUAUUCAUAAAGACAAAGAUCGACGAGAUAAAUAUCUGGCUCGAGCUACAAAGAUUAAAAAUAAACAGGGGGAGUUAACUUAUACUAAUCCAGAAUCAGCAAACUAUUGGUCAACUAAUCUUUUAUGGCCUAAAAAAUAAAAUUGAUUUAUGGCUUAAGGAUUUAAUAAAUAUUAAUAAAAUGCAGUUGUCAAGUUACGAAAAUAUUACCCAAGAGAAUAUUAUCUUUAAUGAAGCCAAAGAGUACAAAGUCAAAGAUAGCAAGAUUAAAUACAAACGUAUUCCAAUUGAAGUCAAAUAUGCAAAUAACAAAAAAGGACCACUUGUAGUUGAAUCUCCAGUUCUUUUUAGUUUUGGUGUUAAUGAAAAGAAAAACCAAGAAACAAAUAAGUUAGUAGGUUAUAGUAUACCAGUGUGUCUUUGGGCUAAAGAUAGUGAACCUAGUAAUAAAGAAAAAGCAUUUUUUGAUGUUAUUAAUAAUGUAACAACUCUAUCUCAGCAAUAUUUAGAGAGUGAAUAUGGACCGGAUUUAGCAUCAUCUCUAUCUUCACCAUUUUAUUACAAACAAGAAGAAUAUACAGAUAAGAAAGGAAAGAAGAAAACAAGAAUAGAUCCAUCAUCAGCGCCAAUUCUUUAUGCAAAACUUAUUUACUCUGAGAAAUCAAAGAAAAUUCUUUCACUAUUUAAAACAAAAGGAAAGAAGGAUUUAAAUCCUUUCAAAUAUAUUAAUCAGUACUGCAAUGUUAAAAUGGCACUAAUAAUCGAAGGAAUCUUUAUUAGUAAGACUAUAACAUCUUUACAAAUAAAAGUACAUGAGUGCUAUGUCAAACCAUUAAAACCUAGGGAGUCUUUACUAACAAUUGAAGAGGAAGAGAGUGAGGGCGAAGAGAUAAAUGAUCAAGUAGUUGAAGACUUACUUUUAUCUGAUAAAGAAGAAGAUGAGUAA